GUCAGAGGAGAUUAUAAUUUUAUGAAACUCCUGGCCUUCUUAUAUAGUCCCAGCUUCAUACUCUGUUUUUUGGGAUAUUUCUUUUCCUUCAUGCAGCCUCAAGGAGGCAUUGUGAUUGCUUGUCUUUGCUAAACCUCUCACAGCGAUGAUGCAGGUAUGUACCUUACCGCCCACACUGGUCUGGCGAGGACGUGUACGUGCACAGGCGUCUAAGCCGCAAGUCAUACGCCUCACCACCACGUCAACAUCGGGCUUUGAGUCCUUGUUUCCCUCUUUAUCCCACUCUGCCAACAUUUAUCAUUUAGCGGAUGAGCCUGUUGCCACCGGAAUUAUCCAUAUACCCCAUUCUAUCCCAAACUUGAUUUGCAUUUAUUCUACCCAGAUAACGUACUGAGAGGGUUCCCAUCUGCCUACCCGCCAUGGUCAGCUCUGAGCCAACUCCCAAAUGCCCCUUCUGCGGGUUCAGGCCGAGCGAAGGAGACUAUGAGCUUCUAUUACAUAUCGAAACGCGUCAUCCAGAGGGCCAGUCCCCCUUUGCUGUCGCCGAAGAUCCAGUUCUGUGUCCCCAGGACGGCUGUGGCGAGAUUGUUCCCCAGGACGAAUUGACGUACCAUCUCGAACUCCAUGCCCUCGAAGCCAGUGACGAUGUGGCAGACGCCUCGGAACAACUAUCUGCAAGUCCCGCAACUGUUGCGGCGGAACCCGACAAAUCUAUACGAGAUGAAACUCACAGGAAGCGGCGUGAGAAACAAAGCACCACUAUCCAGGCCUGGAAAGCCCUUUUCGGGGGCCAAAAGUCGCGACACGAUCCCAACACAAGUCAUCGAACUCGCCACAAGUCAAAAAAACUCUCCACCGCUGAGCCAUCCUCGAGUGACCAGACCUCUGAAAGUAAUGCGUCGGAUCACCCAGGCCCCCGACAUUCAGCCCGUCAGGGAGAUCCAAGCCGACAGAUUGCUCGGUUAGGGAAAUCCGAGCUGGGUAGAUUUGCACACGAAAAUCAGAUGCCUCCGUGGCUUGUCGAGCUUCUCCAACAGGAGGGCCAGGUCAUCAAUGAAGGCGUGAUGCCGGUACUCGGUCAGCUCCUCGAGCAGAGUCCUUCCACCCAAUACGCAUAUUUAUGUCACCCCCAAGUGCAACACGUCUCCAAGUUGCGGCGAGAAGCUACAGGUGGCUUCUGCGGAUACAGGAACAUUCAAAUGCUGACCUCCCACAUCAUCGGAGCGAGAUCAACGGGAGCAGAUUUGUUCGGCCCCACCUUCCCGACCAUUUUCGAGAUCCAGGAUCUUAUCGAGAAUGCCUGGGACAUGGGCUUCAAUGCCCAAGGCCGCAUAGAGACUGGAGGCGUUAAGGGAACUCGAAAAUACAUUGGCACACCAGAGGCCCAAGCAGUCUUCUGUAGCUUGUCGAUACCCUGCUCAGUCCAGGCGUUCAAGGACAAAGAGCGUGGCAAAGCAAAGUCACUCUUACUCCAAGGCAUCGAACAAUACUUUCAGGGAGGUGUGAUGGAUGUGGAAGCGAGAAUCCACCUCACCGGACUCCCUCCAAUCUAUCUUCAGCACCCAGGGCAUUCUUUGACCAUUGUGGGCCUUGAAAAACAGAUGAACGGCGAGGUUAAUCUUCUCGUAUUCGACCCUAGUUUUCGCGAUUCUACCAAGAUAAGACAUCUUGUUGGCAAGGCCUUUCGGCACAAGCUAUCAACCGUCGAUGAGGCGGUGCAGCCAUAUCGCCGAGGCACACAAUACCUCCGCAAGUACAGUGAAUUCGAGGUGCUCUAG